UUCUGUUGGCAGGACAAAAGCACAAACUGUUUAUUUUUUUUCUUUUCCAAACGUUGUGCUAAAAACCAGCCACUGUCACUGAACCAUAUAAAGGACAUGCUUUCUUCUCAUUAGAAAGAUAAUUUCUUAGCCAUUUUCAAACCACUCUGAAUCUGUGAGACCUUCAUUGUGCACAUAUCUGGUUUACUGCUACUACAACCAUGCCACCUCUUGGGGUGCAACUCAGUAUUCAAGAUCGUCAUGUGGUGAUGGACAAUGGCAUACUACAAGUCACAUUGUCCAAUCCUGAGGGAAUUGUGACUGGAAUUCAGUACAAUAGCAUUGACAACUUGCUUGAAGUUUUGAAUGACGAAUCUAACAGAGGAUAUUGGGACCUUGUUUGGAGCUCACCAACCAGUACAGGAACCACCGGUAGAUUUGAUGUGAUAAAGGGAACCACUUUCAAAGUUAUAGUGGAAAAUGAGGACCAAGUUGAGGUAUCCUUCACUAGGAUGUGGGAUGCUUCCCUUGAGGGCAAGUUGGUUCCUUUGAAUAUUGAUAAGAGGUUCAUAAUGCUUCGUGGUUGUUCUGGCUUCUACUCGUAUGCAAUUUAUGAGCACUUGGAGGAUUGGCCUGCUUUCAAUCUUGACGAAACAAGAAUAGCUUUCAAGCUUAGAAAAGAGAAGUUCCAUUAUAUGGCAAUGGCAGAUAAUAGACAAAGAGACAUGCCUCUUCCAGAUGACAGAGUACCACCUAAAGGCCAACCACUUGCAUAUCCAGAAGCAGUUCUACUUGUCAACCCUAUUGAACCAGAACUAAAAGGAGAGGUGGAUGACAAGUACCAAUAUUCAUGUGAUAACAAAGAUAGCCAAGUUCAUGGAUGGAUUUGCAAGGAUCCGGGUGUCGGAUUCUGGCUAAUUACGCCUAGCAAUGAGUUUCGAUCUGGUGGACCCCUCAAACAAAACUUAACUUCCCACGUUGGACCUACCACGCUUGCUGUGUUUCUAAGCGCUCAUUAUAGCGGAGAGGAUCUGGUGCCUAAGUUCAAAGCUGGUGAGGCAUGGAAGAAAGUUUUUGGUCCAGUUUUUAUCUAUUUAAAUUCUACUGAUGAUGGAAGUGCCGUCCCUAAUCUAUGGGACGAUGCUAAACUGCAGAUGUUGGUGGAAGUCCAAAGCUGGCCCUACAGUUUUCCUGAUUCAGAUGAUUUCUCAAAGUGGGAUGAACGUGGUAAUGUUAGUGGCAGACUUUUGGUUAGAGACAGGUAUAUAGACGAUGACUACAUAUCAGCGAAAGGUGCCUACGUUGGCUUGGCUCCACCUGGAGAAGUGGGAUCUUGGCAAAGAGAAUGCAAGAAUUACCAGUUUUGGGCUAAAGCAGAUGAUGAUGGCUAUUUCACCAUCAGCAAUAUUCGUGUUGGCGACUAUAAUGUGUACGCAUGGGUACCUGGUUUUAUUGGUGACUAUAAAUAUGAUGUGACUAUGACCAUAACAGAAGGUAUUCAUCAACCAGUUUUAUCACUUUUAUUUUUGAAGCUACAGAAAGUUUUUGUGCUAAGUAUUUUGUAUUUGGUUUCUAUGAAAACAGUUUGUGACAUAGACAUUGGGGAUCUUGUAUAUGAGCCACCAAGAGAUGGUCCCACAUUGUGGGAAAUAGGCAUCCCUGAUCGCUCUGCUGCCGAGUUCUAUGUUCCUGAUCCAAAUCCCAAAUAUAUCAACAAACUCUAUGUUAAUCAUCCUGACAAGUUUAGGCAAUAUGGGUUAUGGGAGAGAUAUGCAGAAUUAUACCCUGACAAAGACUUGAUCUACACUGUUGGUGUUAGUGACUACACCAAAGAUUGGUUCUUUGCUCAAGUUACCAGGAAGAAAGAUGACAAUACUUAUCAAGGAACCACAUGGCAAAUCAAGUUUAAGCUUGAUAAUGUGAACAAAAGCAGUAUUUAUAAACUUCGAGUGGCUUUGGCAUCAGCCACAUUUUCUGAACUUCAGGUUCGAGUUAAUGAUCCAAAAGCAAAUCGUCCUCUAUUUUCAAGUGGAUUGAUUGGAAGGGAUAACUCAAUCGCUAGACAUGGAAUUCAUGGCCUUUAUUGGCUUUACAAUGUGGACAUACCAGGCACUCGACUUGUAGAAGGAGAUAACACCAUCUUCUUGACACAGACAAGAGGCAAUGGCCCAUUUCAAGCUAUUAUGUAUGAUUAUAUUCGUUUGGAAGGUCCAUCUGAGUCUAGUUUCAAUAAGAAAAAUUAAGAGAGCUUUUAGAAGGUCCAUCUAUAGUCUAGCAAUUCCUUACAUUGUGUCUGACUAUGUAAAGAAAUUUUGCUACUUGUUCUUCAAUUAUUGCUCAUUGUGUAUGCGAAGUCUACCUUGAAGUUCUUUAAGCUUUGUCUUUAGUUCGAUCACUGGACUCAUGUAUGGAUAAAACAUUAUUAAGAGGGUUGUUGUCACUUUGACAUCUGAGUGUAUGGUGAAAUCUCUGAGGUGGGAGGACAUUGAGAAAAAAAUGUUACAUAAAUUUUUAGUUCUACAUUUUACAAUCAAAUUUAGUUUGGUCUCUACCA